ACCUUAUUUAUGUCAUAUAAAGACCGAUAAGUUAAUAAGUUAUUAAUACACUUCAUAUUAAAAACAAUCCUUUGGUUUGGGAGUAGCCGUUUCUACGAGUCCAAUGGCUAAGGUAAGAAUACCUAAGCAGAAGGUAAUUCUUUGCGGAGAAUAUGGUGUGGGUAAAAGUUCUUUGUUCCGUCGCUUCACCAACAACACCUUUAUUACCAAUACCGAUCGCCAGUCUACUUUGGGUUUGGACCACAUCGAAAAGGAUUAUCGAGUGGAUGACAAACAGAUUAAGUUGCAAUUGUGGGACACCGGUGGUAUGGAGAGGGUGGCCUCAGUCACAUCGUCUUACUAUAAAUUUGCUGAAGGUGCCAUACUUGUGUUUGCCUUGGACAAUGCCGCAUCUUUUCAUUCCAUGUCACAACAUUUGCUGGACAUAGUGACUUAUGCGGAAAAUGCUAAAAUUUUCAUAUGUGGCAAUAAGUCCGAUCUGGAGGGCAGAGAACCCGAGGUAAGCGAUGCCGAUGUAGAGGCAUUCUGUGAGCAAUGUCACAGCCUUAUAAGGGCCACUUAUAAAACAUCAUGCAAAACGGGUGAAGGUGUUGAGGAGAUGUUCCAGGAUAUCUCUAGGAUAUUGGUUGAAUCGAAUCGUUCCAAGAUGGAGCUACAGGCCAGUAUGGAACAACAUGGCUUUCAAAUUGUAGCCGGCCAAGUGGAACUUGUUAACCCCGCUGAUGAGGCCGACGAAUCAUCCAAUUGUGUUUGCUAGCAAAUGGCGGAGCUGGAGUUUGGUUAAAAAGGGGGCACCAAAACCAGUUUUUAGAAAAUGGCCUGCAGAAAUGUCUCAAUUCGCAUUUGAUGUUAGCCCCUUAAAAACAAAUCUCUAUUCGUAAAGCUUUAAUUUUUUAUUCGUACUCAUGUAAUUUAUUUAAUUCAUAUUAACACACCCACAUACAAUCAUUAUACUCGAAUAACUUCUAUAUUUAUAAUAUGCAUCACUUUUCAAUGAUAUUUUCCCCCCCACCCAUGUGAAGGAAAAUGUUAAAGCAAACCCCAGUGAAACAACAACGUCCAGUUUUUCAACACCAACAAUAAAUGAUCGAUUUAUAUUAUUUUAGGCAUAAGAAAAUAUUUCAAGUAGCAUUCUGCUUUUGUGUGUAGAUAAAAGCUUCCACGCGCUUUAGUAUGUAAGGCUCUAAAAUAUAAAAUUAUUUUUAUAACAACAAAAAAAAGAAAUAUUCUGCAUGACUAAGUAAGGAGAUAAAAAUGUAGCACUGAGUUACUUGCCCAUUGGUUUUGGUCUUUGUUUUUUUUUAAUAAAUUUACAAAGUGCAAUAUCAAAUGUUGAUAAUUUCCUUAUUCAUUCGCUUAAAAACUGAAUAUAUUGCUUCAAAACAAAAAAAUACAAGUUGAUUUUUAAUGCGAACAAUUUUUUAAAUUAUUCAGAUUUUAUUUUUCGUCUUACUUUCACUAACCCUUCGACCUGGAAACAUGUUGUGCUAACGAACUUUUUUGUUUUUAGUUUAAGGCAAAUUGUAGCUUUGUUUUUUUUGGCAUAUUGCUCUACUUUAAAUUGUCGAUUACAGGAAAUUUAAUCCUUUAUUUAUUUUGGCACAUUAUUCCUGCGUUAAUUUUUAUUUGUUUCCACAGGCUUAGAUAAGGUGAGAAGGUAAUUUACAAUUAACUUUCACCAUAGGAUGUUUAUACCUGCCUAAAACACUGCUUAAUCUAAAGGCUCUCGUCUUGAAGAACUGAAUUCACUCGGUAACUGUUUACCACUUCUACUGCUGCAACCUGUUGUAUGCUUUAUAGAACUGACUUAAACACAGCUUGGUCUCUAGGCUUCUGGAACCUCUUCUUCUAGAAUACAAAGUUAUGAUUUGGAAGGCUGGUGCGGUAACAGCACUGUGGAUAUUGGUUAGAUAAAAUAUUUACAAUUGUGCACGGAAAGGAUUUUCUCCCAAUGAUGAGCACUAAGAAGUCAACCUGUUACAUUCCCUAGAACAGCAUUUUGCCAGGUCUAGAUUUUAUUUCACUGUCUGCUGAUGGAGGUGGUCCACUUGACAACUGAGGAGACAACAGUUUGUUCAUGGAUGUCUAUACCUAAACCCCUGCUUGAUCUAAAGGCUCUCGUCUUGAAGAACUGCAUUCACUCGGUAACUACCGCUUCUACUUGCCUGAUGUAUGCUAUUUAGAACUGACUUAAACGCAGCUUGAUCUAAAAGCUUCUAGAAACUCUUGUUCUAGAAUACGAAGUUCUAACGCGAUGUAUCCUAAGAUGGUUGCUUACCCGCAAUAUGUGUUUUGGUAACAGCACUGUAGAUAUUGCUUAGAUAAAAUAUUUACAAUUGUGCAUGGAAAGGAUCUUUGUCUCCUAAUGGUAAGCACUAAGGAGACAACAUGUUACAGUUCCUAAAACAGCAAUUGCCAGGUCUGGAUUUUAUUCCACUAUCUGCUGAUGGAGGUGGUCCACAUGACAACUGAGCAGACCGGCAAGCUUGGAUCAUUUUAAACUAUUUGUCGCUAGCUAAACUGGCGAGUGCACACUUGCGCUUCUACUUAUACCAUUGACCAGCCAAUUUUAUCAACAAGGUUUCUUUAUUAGCACCCCAAUUGCUUAGCACCCCAAUUGUCACAUAUAUCAUUGACUUAUACAGAGGACAUUUAAAGGCUGUAAAUGUGACAUCAAACAUUUUGAGAUAGUUGGCGAUCGGAAUCGUCGACUUAGGUUAGGUUAAAAAAGAAACUUAUAAAGAAAAUCCAACUCGGAAAUUCUGUGCUACUUACAAAAUCCCUAAUUGUUUUCCAUACCACGCCCCCAAGUUGGCUCAUGUCUGGUAUUGUGUCACCACCAAAAUGUCACUGUCAGUUAGCCGGGAAAGCCGGGCAAUGACAAAAGAAUGCUCCAACGUCUCGUCAUCUUCCACUCAUGCUAUCCCUUGCCGGAACGAUUUAGAAUAAGUGAGCUCGUUGUCCUACGUGUCCCGUUAUGAUACCGAAAGCUAAACUGACCUCCUUACUCCUUUCAGUGGUGAUGCUCAUCUAGCUCCUAUAGGUGAGCAAGCUCGUUCCGGUCCAAAGGACCUAUCCGCGGAAACAGAUUUGCCAUUGGUUAAAGGCGCCAAUAAAUCGCUUUAUCAUAUCGAGCAUUAUAGGCACUCAGAAUUUAAGCAAGAGCCGGCGCCAAUCGGCCUCUCACUGAGACUCUCCGCUCUAUACCGCUGAUUGUCCGCGACUGCAAUUGCAACUACUCCAUAUGGAUCAUUCCACUAUCCGCAACCUGUGGACGCGCCCGGAAGCUCGCAGCUAAGCUUCUCAUUAUAACAAUAAACACCACACAGAUCGGAGCUCAAAGUGUGGUGCUCAUAGUUGUCCCGUGCUGGGCAGUGACAUGAGAAUGUUCCAACGCCUCAUAAUAUUCCACUCAUGCGAGCUCAUAGUCCUACGUGCCCCGUUAUGACACCGAAAGCUAAACUGACCUCCUUACUUCCUUUCAGUAAUUGCCUCGUCUUCUGCCGAUUCGGAUCUCACCAUAGUAUUUUUGUCGUCCUACCUACCAUUUCGCUGUUCCACAGUGUUGCACGUUCGUCUUCGACGUCAGCUUGACCAAAUCGUCUGCCCUUUCAUUACCCCUUACUCCGCUAUGGACCGGAACCAAACGAUGCGAAUCGUGCCAUUCUUAGAGAAGGCUUUUAUCCUCUUGCACUCUAAGACUGUUCGUGACCUUACCGUUCUGGUUGUUGUUGCCCUUACGGCCAGUUUACUGUCUGUAAAGAUGUUGACACUCGACGCCGCGCGUUAAUACCUUACGCUUCAGCGCUCCAAGAGAGAACCUCUAGAUCAAGCGGCAUAUCAGGCAGGUCUAGACAAUAUUCAUGCAGACACGAUAGCAGAUGCGGUAAAUACAGGUCAGCAAAUACGUCCUAUAUGGGUGGUGCCAUACACACUUUUUCCGGAAUAUUGAUAUCAGAUUGUUGUUUUUGUAGCAGUGUGUUAAAAACUGAGGCGGCAGCCCUUGCCGAUGAAAAAAUCCAUAGGGUCAAUCCGGUGCGUACAACCGGCUGCCAUGGGAUUUUUGAUAUCAGAUUCGUGCUUUACUCCCAAAGACCUUUGAUUUGAGCCCCAUAUUGCUAUUGUAGUAAAUUUGUCCUCUUUGGGGGUUGUUUUUGGAAGGAGCGGCCCCCAAUACCUUUGGUCCCACAUUUGAAUAUUAGAUUCGUAUUCUACACUUAAAUACCUUUUAUUUAAGCCCCUUUUUCUCGUGGUCAGUAAAUAAGUCCUGUUUGGGGGUGUUUUGCGGAAGGGGUACACACCCAGAAACUGGGUCCCGCAUUUGGAUACCGAAUUCGUAUUCUACUCGCAAAUACCUCUCAUUUGAGUCCAAUAUUGCCAAGGUCGGUAAAUAUAUCCGAUUUAGGUGUGUUUUGGGGGUUGGGGGUGGUCCCCCAAACACUUAGUCCGACAAUUGGAUAGCAUAUACGUUUUCUACUUUUAAAUUCCUUUCAUUUGAGCCCCAUAUUGUCAUGAUUGUUCUAUAUAUAUAUUUGGGGUGGGGCGGCCCCCCUAGGUACCCCAUCCGAAAGUUUGGUACCAAAUUUUUAUUUUGUGGUUACUUUAAGAGAGCACAAAAAGUUUCGCUUAAAUCGCACCACCCAUCACCAAGAUCUGGGGUUUCUGAAAAUUAGGGCAAGGGGGAGGGUCCGCCCCCCUUCAGGUAUCAAAAAAAUGUAGUACCCUAUUUUCACCACGGGAUCAUUAUGCACCAUCUGUGAAAAUCGUUUCAUCCGUUUUGGAGUCUAUAAGGAACACACAAACAAACCGACAAAGAAACACAAAUUGAUUUUUAUACAUAAGAUUAUGGAUUGCAACUCAACUGCAGUUGCGUUGCCAGGAGAUAACCCCUUGAUAUAAAAACUUAGUACAACGUUGGAAAUAUCAGUGUUUUGAACAUUCAGCUACUAAAUUGUAAACAAGUAUGUAAUUCAAUAAAAAAUUGACAUUUUUAUUACAAAUUUUCCCGUUGGUAACAAAACUGAAGUUGGGUUGCUAUCCAUAAUCGACACCUUCAUGUAGAGUUUGCCAAGCGCGAACGUUAAAGAUCUACAGUGCACAGAAUGGUGUUCACGUUAGUCUGAUAUAUCAAAGAAAUGUGUUCAAAAUUUCAGGACGAUAACAUUUUUUAUUCGAAUGCUAUUGAGAUGGAUGUUAAUAACAUCACGAAAUUGGGAUAUCUGUAGUGGGUUAUACAUUCUUAUCAUUGUUUCUGUCAAUGACAAUCUGUUAUCAUCAAUAAACUAUUUGCAUAUAA